AUGUUAAUGGCGACCAGUGCAAGAGUGAGUACAGAGCUUUUGAUCCCAAAGAAAUGGUACAACAGAGAGAUCACUACUAGUCCUGAAAGAACGAAAAUUUGGGUCGAACCCAAGUCGAAGACUGACAGAAGAGUCGUCCCUGUUGUUUACUACCUCUGCAGAAAUGGCCACCUUGAGCAUCCUCAUUUUGUUGAAGUUUCUCUCUCUUCAUCCCAAGGACUCUAUCUCAAAGAUGUGACGAAUAGACUGAACUUUCUUAGAGGAAAGGGCAUGGCGGACAUGUAUUCGUGGUCUUCAAAACGGAGCUAUAAAAAUAGAUAUGUGUGGCACGACUUGUCGGAGAACGACUUGAUACACCCAAUCAACGGCCACGAAUACGUUCUCAAAGGAUCAGAACUUCUUCUAAGCUCAAUGAGCUUCCGAUCAUACGAAACGGCAUCGUCGGUGAUGGACAAGGAUCUCUCCGGCGAGAAUUUUGAUUCGUCGAUCUCUGCCAGGAGGAGAAAAAAUCAGUCAUGGAGCUCAAUCGAAACUCCUCACUACGAAUAUAGAGUCCACACGGCCGAGUCGAGUCAAGAGCUCGCCGGAAAAGUGUCCGCCGAUGUUGGUACACAGACAGGCGACGAGAAGAGAAGGCGAAGAAGGAGUGGGAGAGAAGAGUAUGAGGAAAGGAAACAGAGCGUUACAGAGUUGAAUAAGGAAGAGUUGUCUCCACCGUCUGUAUCUGCCUCCGAGAGUGUGGAAGGUGUGAGUGGAUUGAGAGACGUCAAUGGGUCGGAAAGUGUAAGAGAUCCAACGGUUGAUAAUGGGUGUUCGGGUAGGAGUGGGAGAAUGAAGGCUUAUCGAACAUUGAUGCAGUUGAUCAGUUGUGUUGGGUCUGUGUCUGACCUGAAAAGUAAGGACGAUACACGGUAUUCAAGGAGGGUGUAG